AUGGCCUCGAUACAACGGCAGGUAAAGCCUUCUUUAGGCGCACCGGAGAAGUCAAUCGGCGAUCUUUUCAGGUUGGAUGGGAGAACAGUCAUCAUCUCCGGUGGAGGUGGUUCAGUCGGUCUGGAAGUUGCACGGUCCGUCCUUGAGAGCGGAGGCGAUGUGGUGUGUCUGGAUAGUCAAGCCGAACCUCUUCCAGAGCCCUGGGACAAAGUGCUCCAGGUCGCCGAGCAAAAUGAUACAAAGGCGUGGUACCACCGCUGCGACGUUAGCAGUGAAGAAGAUCUCCGCCGGGCUUUCAAGCAAGCUCUAUCCCUUACGAGAUUUCCGCUGCAAGGUCUGGUGACCUGCGCUGGUAUAAGCGGCAAGGGACCAGCUACUGAGUGGCCCAUCGACUCUUUGAAGCGUAUCAUGGACAUCAAUUUCACUGGCACCUUCAUGUGCGCGCAGGAAGCAGCGCGAGAGUUUCAGCGAAAAGGGGUACCCGGCAGCAUGGUGCUGAUCGCCAGUAUGAGUGCUCACGGCAGUAACAAGGGAGUCGAUACGGCCGCGUACAAUUCGUCGAAAUCAGCCGUGGUGCAGCUAGCACGCUCACUGGCGGCAGAGUGGGGCAGCAGCAAAGACUACCCUCUCAUUCGUGUCAACACGGUUUCUCCGGGUUACAUCAGAACUCGCAUGACUUCCCCCACGAUGCACGCAGAGGGACUGGAGCAGCAGUGGUCUGAAGACAACAUGAUGAUGCGGGUGAGCUCUGCGGAUGAGCACAGAGGGGCAAUCAUUUUUCUGCUAAGCGAUGCGAGUAGCUUCGUGACAGGCUCUGACUUGAGGACAGACGGGGGCCAUACUGCUUGGUAG